CAUACACCAGCCGGGAGCGGCACACACAUAUGAACGCAGUUCUUUCAUCUUUCAUUUGGGUUUGGUCUCUCCCGUUAGGUUUGGUCUCUCCCGUUAGGUUUGGGGUUUUGCCCCGCCCCCGCCGGGGUACUCCUAGACUCACGCAUGUCCCUCAGGUUUCCCGUCGGGCUCGGUGCACGUGCACCAACAAUGGUGCACGGCCAUGUCCAUGUCCACGUCCUAGACAUCCGACUCACGCAUCCUAGCGCGACUCAAGCUGCCGAGCCAUCUACGUUAGCACCUGCAACGGCCACGUCCCCCCAUCAGUAGACAGGCGCAGGAGCAAAGAAUUCUCCACAGCCGCCGCGCUAUUCCGCACCACCUGUCUAGCACGCAUGGCCCACAGCCACCAACACACAUGCUUGCCAGCUCAACAGCCGCCGCAGUACAGCCUGCAUGGGGGGGCAGGGGGGCGGGGGGCGGGGGGCGCGGUCUCACCUGCGGCCGCGGCGGCUGCAGCUGCGAUAGCGGUGUGUCGGUGCUGUUCCUUGCGGAGCUGGCAGGGCCUUAUGGCCCGCCCGCUCACGCACAGGCGGAAAAGGAGCGAUACCGGCGCGGCUGCGAGUAUUUGUGGCCGCUGCGGUUCCCAUCGCGGCGCCCGAUCGGAGCGAUGGCCGGGCAUGGCGCAACACCAAGGCUUCCGUGCGCCGUAAGUUGCCAGUUAACGACAUUUCAUAAAUAAGACCUAUCUGAAGAAUCGUCUUUGCAUAUCUCAACGGGCACAAGUGCACCCCAGUGCUGGCGUGUCACCGAAAUGGGCAGAGUCGAGGACUACACACCGUUCUUGUCGCAGGAGGCGCGACGAUUUACCGCGGCGUCUCUUGCAGGCCUCAUCAACCGGUUCGCGGGUGUGGAUGGCGUGGUGAGCCUGGCGGGGGGCCUGCCGCCGCCCGAGGCCUUCCCGCUGGCCGCCCUCAGCGGCCGCCUGCCGGACGGGAGUGAGGUGGUGCUGGGGGCGGAGGGGCAGCAGGCCUACUGGGCGCAGCAGUACAACUUCAACCCUCAGGGCUACCCGCCGCUGCUGGACUGGCUGCGGCCGCUCACAGCCGACCUGCACCCGGGAGUGACCACGCCGCCGCCCAAACCCACACCGCCGCCACCAGCACCCGCACCCGCACCCGCACCCGCACCGGCACCGGCACCGGCACCCGCACCGGCACCGGCACCGGCACCGGCAGGCACGUCCGCUCCCUCCAACCCCAGCUCCUCCCAGCCCCAACAGCCCACGCCACCAGCCCCCACUUCCUCCACCCCCGCCGCCCCCGCCCCCGCCCCCGCCGCCGCCAGCCAUGACAUCAUCCUGACCUGCGGCGCCAUCCACGCCAUUGGCUGCCUGGUGGGCUGCCUGACGGACCCGGGGGACGUGCUGGUGGUUGACACGUACACAUACACACACGCCCUGGAGUGCGUGUUCCUGCCGCGGGGGCUGCGGCUGCUGCCGGUGGAGGGGGACGAGGAGGGCAUGCGCGCUGAUGACCUGGAGCUGCAGCUCAACAAACUCAACAACCAGCGGCGGCGGCAGCAGCAGCAGCAGCAGCAGGCGUCAGGAGGGGGAGGGGGAGGAGGGACGGCGGAGGCGGCGGGCGGCCGCGCCCGACUGCUGUACGUCAUACCCACCGGCCACAACCCCACCGGCGCGGUCAUGAGCGAGCAGCGCAAGAGGCAGCUGCUCAAGGUGGCGGCGGCGCACGACCUGUUGGUGCUGGAGGACGACGCCUACUACUGGCUCUACUUCCCCCACCACAGCAACCAGCACCACCAGCAGGACCAGCAGGACCCACAGCACCCGGGCGAGGGCGCCGCCGCGCCGCCGCCCGCCCCCCCGCCGCAGCCUCGCGACCAGGCGGGGCUGGGCGGCCUGCCGCGCAGUCUACUGAGCCUGGACAUGGAGGAGGAGGCGGCAGGCGGGGGCGGGGGAGGAGGCGGGCGGGUGAUUCGGGUGGACACGUUCAGCAAAUGCCUGGGCCCCGGCUACCGGCUGGGGUGGAUCACGGCGCCGCAGCCGCUGGUGGGCAAGCUGGCCAACUGGAUCAUGGCCAGUACGGUCGGGCCGUGCAGCGUGUCGCAGGUGCUGGUGUGGCGGCUGCUGACGCACUGGGGGCGUCAGGGGCUGGAUGACUACCUGCAGCGGCUGCAGGCCCUGUACGCGGGCAAGGCCGCCGCCGCGCACGCCGCCGCCGCCGCGCACCUGUCCGGUCUGGCGGUGUGGCGGGCGCCGCGGGCGGGCAUGUUCAUGUGGUUGGAGCUGCUGGGUGUGCCCGACGUGGCCGCGGUGCUGGACGACCUGGUGGCGGCGCGGGUGGUGGCGGUGCCGGGCGCCAUGUUCGCCACACGCGGACUGCAGGCGACAGUGGCCUUUGACGAGGACGAGGAGGGCGGAGGCAGCACCACCACCCCCAUUGCCGCCCGCCACGCCGCAGCAGCGCCCGCCACCGCCACGGCGCCGUCGCCCUGCCUGCGGCUGUCGUUCGCGGGCAGCUCCCCGCAGCAGCUGGAGGAGGGCAUGAGGCGGCUGGCGGCGGCGGCGCAGCAGGUGGCGGCGCGGAGGGCGGUGCAGGCGGAGAAGGUGGCGGCGGCGGCGGCGGCUGCGGCCCAGACUGCACAGCAGGGGUGACGAUUGACGGGUUUGGGGGAUCGCCGGGUGCGAUGAGAACAGAGCACGGUGCAGGGCGGUGUGAUGCGGGAGCGAGUGGCAAAUUUCGGCCCCCGGCUGGCUGCUGUGACCUGGUGCAAUGCGGGUGUGGCACCGGUGAUGUAUACCAACCCAUCUACGAGUAGGCAUAUGUACGCUAAUUACUACAUAAUGUGUUAUUGACGCAUGUCAGUACCAUGCCCUCGGCUGUUCGCGGCCCAGGACUUCUCAAGUGCGUGGCUGUGGGCGGACGGGUGUGCGGACGAGUUUGUGAGCGGUUGUAGUUCAUGCAGUGCAGUGGUGUGGUGUGCUGGAGUGGUGGCGAGUGGUGACCGCUCCACGGCGCAGCAUGAUUAAGAGGGUAUCUGCCUUGAAAGCCGGUAAAGCUGCCUUCAUGGCUGUACGUGUGGAUUCUGUAAGGCUGUACGUGUGGUAAUUGUAGGCAAAAACGUGUGCGGUACCCUUGUGUGUACGUGUGUGAAGUCGACACGGUAAGAAGGGUGUUUACAGGUACUUGUAGUUAUUGUGAGGCGGUAUGUAAGGGGUUUUUAUAGGGUACGUAGGUGUUGUGGAGGGUAUGUUCGGUUAGGUUGCUUAUGGCAAGCAACCCAACUAGUGUACACCAACAACAAGGAGGUGGCUGCCUUAGGGAGGCAGGAAAAGGGCUGAUCCCGGGUCGUUAUCAACCCAGCCACCUUGACGCGGGCGCCUACUAAGCACACGCCUCUAUGUUGGGGGCCUUUGGCAUCCCCGCAAAUCCGGACAUGGCCGGUUGGGUGGGGUGCACAGUCCGUGCUAACCCGCAGCUAACAAACUAGUCAC